AAGAGACUUUAGUUAAAAAUAUAAUUGAAUUUGAUGUAUAAAAAGACUUGCUGCAGCUAAUUUUCGACCGCCAGGAAGAGGGCGCUAUUGAGUUGGUCGUCAAGAGUCUCAAAUACAGAAGAAGAAGAAGAAGAAGAAGAAGAAGAAGAAGAAGAAGGAAGAGGAACAUAAAAAUGGCUUCUAGCUGGUCGGUCGCAAGUGACGAGCUCUGCUGCCCGGUCUGCCAGGAUACUUUUAAAGAUCCUGUUCUUCUUCCUUGUAGCCACAGCUUCUGUAAUGUCUGUGUGCUAGAAUGGUGGAGAGCGAAACGAAUACGUCAGUGUCCCGUUUGCAAGACAGUGUCUUCAACUAAAAAACCACCUCGCAACCUGGUGUUGAAGAACCUGUGCGAGGCUUUUCUACUGGAGAUGGAGUCCGGGGCUGUCUGCCGCCUGCACACCGAGAAACUAAAGCUCUACUGCCUGGACCACCGGGCACCUGUUUGUGUUGUCUGUAGAGAUUCAAAACACCACAGAAACCACAGGUUUACACCCGUCGACGAAGCGGCAGAGAUUUACAGAAAAGGUCUCCUGAAAUGCCUGAAUCCCUUGCGAGAGAAAGUGAAACUCUUCAAUGAAGUGAAAGUUAACUGCGAGACAACCGAUGAAGAAAUUAAGAAUCAAGCUCAGAACACAGAGAAGAAGAUAAGAGAGGAGUUUCAGGUGCUUCAGGAGUUCUUGCGAAAGGAGGAAGAGACCAGGGUUGCAGCACUGAAGAAAGAAGAGGAGCAUAAAAGACAGGCGAUGAAGGACAAGAUCGCACGGUUGACCAGAGAGAUAAACACCGUGGAAAGCACCAUUAAAACCAUAGAGGAAGGACUGAAAGAUGACGACACGUCUCUCUUGUUAAAAGCCGAUGCUUUAACGAAAGAGGCUCAGCGCCCCCUGCUGGAUGAGCCAAAACAGGUCACACGUGCCCUCGUCGACGUUGCCAAAUACCUGGGAAAUAUGAGUUUCCACGUGUGGUGCAAAAUGAAGGAGAUAGUGUCAUACACCCCUGUAAUCCUGAACCCCAACACUGCCCAUCGAGAACUCCACCUGUCUGAAGGUUUGACUAGUGUAAGAUGUGGCCCAAAACAGCCUCUUGCUACAACCCCAGAGAGGAUGGAGCAGCACCGCUGCGUCCUGGGCUCUGAGGGCUUCAGCUCAGGGAGUCACAGCUGGGAUGUGGAGAUUGGAGACAAUCAAGUGUGGGCACUGGGUGUGAUAGCACAGGAUACUCAGAGGAUGGGGGACAUGCUGUCUGGGUUAUGGAUGGUGAGGUUUUGUUACGGUAAAUUCACAACUUUAUCCCCAUCAUGUCCAGUGUCUGUCCUCCCACUGAAGGACAGGCUCCAGAGGGUCAGGGUGCACCUGGACUGGAACAAAGGAGAGCUAUCCUUCUGGAAUCCAGAUACGAACACAGUCAUACAUACCUUCACACACACAUUCACCGACAGGCUGUUUCCAUACUUCAACACCUGGAAUGACAUCCCACUGAAGUUAUUACCAGUGAAACUCUCUCUAACAGUUAGCUGUUAGAGAAUUACCAGAAGGUCUAAAUGACUGGGUGAUGUACAUACUUGCCUUCCAUCUGUUACCAACAAAAAAAGAGAAUAUAACUCAAUGUUUUGAUUUGUUUUUCUUAUUUUUAUUAAGUCAGAUAGUUUUUAUUUCUGUGGGGUCAUCAUUGCAGCAACAAAAUUAAUGGGAUGCAAUGGAAGAAAAUAAUAUAAAUGAAGGUCAUGGAACAGAAUGAAUACAUGAAAAUAACAAAGAAUUGUAUGCCUAGAUUGCAGAAAUGAAUGAUAGUAAUUGUAUAUUAAGAGAUGUGUUCAAUGUAAAAUAUACUUAAAACUUCCAAAUGGUAGCAGGGAGUUACUGAAUUUGAAUUUUAAUAUAGUGACCCACUUUGUCACUGUUUUUGUAUUUGUGUUUUUCUCUGUCUUGCACUUUGUUAAAGGCGGGGUAUGCGAUUCUGGAGAAAUCCAAUACCAUGACAAAUACGAUGAUACAGAGCGAGCAACGGCACAGCAAGUAAUGUGACUAACGUUAGCUAACUUGUGGGUUAGCAAACUGUCCCUACAGUUGCUGCUGCAAAGCUAACAGCCAGAGAGGACGAGACGUUUCCCAGAGGCAGCACAGCAGCUCCAGACAGCGAUACUCACAACUCUCCUGCUACUGUAGCAAACAUCACAACAGCAGCAUAUCUUGGCAAACUAGAAAGUAAGCUGAAUGUCCGUGGGCAAGUCAUUUAACGUUACCUGACACACAAAUCAUGACUAGAAUACUGCUGUGUGGCUCGGUCCGAGACACUUUGUUUGUUUCCCAUUUACAGAGCCAGCGCUGUGUGCAAACACCGGAUUUUUUUUUUCAGCACACACACUGAAGGGACAGCUAGCAGACCGUGAGGAGAUGUUUGCUGAAUUUGACAAAAAGACGUGUAUUAGAUUAGAGUCACAUACCCCACCUUUAAGGUACCAUCAGGUUGUUGGUACCUUGGUGGUCACAUACUGCUGCAUGGAACGUUGCUGUACAGAUACAGUUUAACAUACUGUUAAGAACUGACAGUUUCAUGCUAUGUAAGCAUAUCAAAUCUUUGUACUUUGUUGAGCCAUGGUUGCCUUAUUAAAACUACUUCCACCUUUUUAUACGCACAAUUUUGAAUGGUUCCACUUAUGCAGUUGUAUAAAAGAAAAAAAAAGGUUUAGAAAAUAAAUCCCUAUAAAACAAUCUGUCUGUGUGAAGGGUAACUACUUAACAGGUGAAUUCUGGUAUUGUUCUAUAACAAGUCACGUCACUGUUAUUUUCAGCUGUGUUUAUUAAUUAUGCGAAUUGUUAGCUGGUUUACAUGGUUAAUUACCAGUGAUGGAAGAAGCACUCAGAUAUUUCACUUAAGUAGCAAUACCACAGUGGCCUGCAUUCAAAAACUUACUUAAGUGAAAGUACAUAGGUCUUAGCAUCAAAAUACUGAGUACUACAAGUACUCUUUAUGCAGAAUGGCCCAUUUCAGAAUAAUAUAUGUAUAUCACUGGAUUAUAAUUAUGGAUGCAUUAAUGUGUAAGCAUCACUAAUGUUUCAGGUGGUAAAGGUGGGGCUAAAUUUAAGUACUUUAUAAUCUGCUGGAUACCUUAAUCCAUAAUUAUGUCAUAAUUUAUUAGUUGAUUUAUAUUUUGUAUUAAUAACCUGAAUCUACAAAGCAACUAGUAACUAAUUAUGUCAAAUAAUUGUAGUGGAGUAAAAAGCACAAUAUUUGCCUCCUAAAUGUAGUGAAGUAUAAGUACAAGGUAGCAUAAAAUGGAAAUACUCAAGUAAAGUACAAGUACCUUUAAAUUGUACUUAAUUAUAGUAACUGAGUAAAUGUACUUAGCUACUUCCUCCACCACUGUUAAUGACUUCUAUUGAACUGAAAGAUGUAACCUAACCAAGUACUGCUCAUGUUUUUCAACUCAAUCCCAUUUAUUUUCAUUGUCGUCAAUCAUAGCUUAUGUAUGAUAAAUCAUUUUUUCUGUACAUGCUAUUGCCACCAUAUGGUGCUCAAUAAAAUCAAUUAAAUGAA